UUAUCAAUGCAUAUGCAUUGAUAAGACAAAAUCGAAAGGUCAUCAGUCAGUGUUUCUCUUAAGAAAAUGGCAUCAGUCAUCUUAUUUUUCGUUCUGUGUUUUUCAUCCUGGGCACAUACUCAGGAAGUAAUUAAUGAUCGGCCGAUUAUUGAUGAAUGAUAAGGGUGAUUAUUUCCCAGUGUGGGGAACAUGCCUUGGAUUUGAACUCCUGACUUUAUUGGUGGCCAAGAAAGAUUUAAGGAAAGCUUGCCUCGCUCAAGACCUUCCAACCAAUCUCACUUUUACAACAGGAUUUAAGGAAAGUCGAAUGUUUAGAGAACUCGACAGAAAAUUAGAAAAUUCAAUGAAGAAUCGAGACGUCGUCAUUCAUUACCAUCAAUGGUGCUUCACCACUCAGAAUUUUUCAACGUCUGGACUGGACAAGUAUUUCAAAAUCCUUGCACUGAAUCAAGAUUCCAAAAAUAUGACCUUCGUAUCCAUUAUAGAAGCCCUCCACUACCCUUACUUCGGUGUGUCCUUCCACCCAGAGAAAGUUGUGUUCGAGUGGCCAAUGACCAAGACCCACAAAAGGAUUCCUCACUCCCCGGAGGCCAUACAAGUUUCACAAUAUUUUGGAAACUUCUUCGUCAAUGAAGCUCGAAGAAGUAAUCACAGUUUCCCCAGCAAAGAGAUGGAAGAUUCUGUCCUCAUUUACAACUACAACCCCGUCUUCACAGGAAAGAGUCGCAAUAAUCCGACUGUACAAAAAUACUUCUUUCAGUAAAUAAAUAUUUCUCAGACUGA